AUGGAACAGACAUCACCGUUCCCAUUACCAGGCAUCUACCAUGGCCAACGGUUUCUCGCUACUGUCGUGGAAACCCGUGCUCAAGACAACAGCCCGUGGGUCUCCGUUCCCAUCGACGAGACCGACCUGUCGAGGGGCUUUCGAGACAUCAGCUUCCAGCAACUGAAUAACGCUGCCAACCAUGCCGCCCACUGGCUACAACAGAACCUGCCUGCCACCACCGAGCCGUUUCAAUGCUUUGCGUACGCAGGACCUAAGGACUUUCUCUAUCCCAUUCUUGCUGUGGCCGCGGCCAAGAUCCAGAAAGUGAUAGUACUUCCUUCUCCCCUCAUUACGCCCGAGGCUCAGCUACGCAUCUUCCGACAGAAGAAAUGCACCGUGUAUCUGCGACCUGCUUCGAUGGCAGAGCAUGUCGCGGGCAUCCUUCAGGAAGCGCCUGAAAAAUUACAGACCUUGACGGUUCCGGAGCUUGGUGAAUUCAUGCAAGACGCUGAGGCUGCUCCUUAUACGUACCCCAAGUCCUGGGAGGAGGGAAAGGAUGAUCCGUGGAUAGUUUUUCACACGUCUGGUACAACAGGCUUUCCCAAGCCUAUCACGUAUACCCAUCGGAUGAUGACAGCCCCAGAUAUCGCUGCAUCUCUCUCUGACAUCGAGAAUACUCAUGUCCAUCAAUAUGCUCUACAGCGGUGGUAUACCCCGUUACCGUCGCUUCAUUUGACGGGUACGGUGAUGACCCUGGCGAUGACAUCCUUUGUCCACAUGACUGCUGUUGUGGGCCCCUCAGCAGCUCCAACACCCCAGCUGGUUGCCGACAUCCUGCGAUACGGGCAGGUAGACGGCGCCCUACUCACACCUGCUCUCAUCGAGGAGCUCUGCCUGCUCUCUUCAGGGCUAGAGGCGCUCCGCAAAUUGAAAUACAUCCACUUCGCCGGGGCCCCGCUCUCCCCUAAAGCCGGCGCCCAACUAGCCUCCCACGUCCAUCUCGUCCCUUGCAUUGGCAGCACCGAGGCGGGCGGAUACUUCACCACCAUCCCGCCCAGAGACCACCCGUCAUGGGACUACGUUACCUUCCAGAAGCACGCAGGCGCCGAAUUUGAGCACCGCUUCAACGACCUCCAUGAGUUGGUCUUCGUGCGCCGGCCCGACUGCCCCAUGCAGCAGAUCUUCUCCGUGUACCCCGACAGAGACCGUUUCGAGACCAAUGACUUAUGGGUGGAGCACCCGGACCAGAAGGGCUCGUGGAAGAUCAUCGGCCGGACGGACGACUAUGUCGCCCUGGCGCAUGCAGACGGGCUGCACGCCUCCCUGCUCGAGCCGGAGAUCGAAUCCCACCCGGCCGUGAAAACGGCGUUGAUCGGUGGCCAUGGUCGGCCGGCGCCAGUGCUCGUGGUUGAAUUCUUUCCUGAAGCGGAGGAGGGGGUGCUGGCAGCGGGGCAGUCGCUGGUAGACAGUCUCCGCCCGUACAUUGACAAAGUUAACGCGCGGGUGCAUGACUGCGUCAAGCUCUCGACGGAUCGGGUCGUCGUGGCGAGCAAGGACAAGCCGUUUGUGCGAACGAUCAAGGGGAGCGUGGCGCGGCUGCAGACGUUGGGAUUGUACGAGGAGGAGAUUGCGGCUUUGUUCGAGCGUGAAUAG